AUGGAGGAUUCUCAUUACUAUUGGUUCCUUUUGCUCAUCUCCCUCGCCGUCGCCGCUCUCCUCAGAUCUCUGCUAAACAUUUCCUCCCCCGGCAAACCAUCCCUUCCGCCGGGCCCCGCCGCCGUCCCCAUCAUCGGAAACCUCAUAUGGCUCCGCAAGCCACUCUCCGAACUGGAGUCCGUACUCCGCACUCUCCACGCCAAACACGGCCCCGCCGUCACUAUCCGCAUCGGCGGUCGCCCCGCCAUCUACGUCGCCGACCGCACCCUCGCCCACCAAGCCUUGAUCCAGAGCGGCGCCGUAUUUGCCAGCCGGCCACCCGCUCCGCCCAUCUCCUUCGUCACCGGCAGCAACCAGCACAGCAUCAACGCCGCCCCCUACGGCCCCACGUGGCGCCUCCUCCGCCGCAACCUGACCUCCGAGAUCCUCCACCCGUCGCGCGUGAGGUCCUACUCCAACGCGCGUGACUGGACGCUCCGCAUCCUCAAGACCCGCCUCCUCGAAUCCGGAUCCGCCCAGCCGGUUCGGGCCAUGGAUCAGUUCCAGUACGCGAUGUUCUGCCUGCUGGUGUUCAUGUGCUUCGGCGACAAGCUCGACGAGAACCAGAUCUCGGAGAUCGAGAGGGUCGAGCGCCAGAUGCUGCUCAACAUCCGGAGGUUCAACGCUCUCAACUUCUGGCCGCGGCUCGGCCGGAUCUUCCUCCGAAACCGGUGGUCGGAGUUUCUGCGGCUGCGGCAGGAGCAGGAGGACGUGCUGCUCCCUCUGAUUCGAGCGAGAAAGGAUCUCAAAGAAAGAAGACCUAAUCGCCAAAUCAAGGAAGACAGCCACAAAGACGACUACGUUUUAGCAUACGUCGACACGCUCUUCGAUUUGGAAUUGCCGGAGGAGGGGAAGCGGAAGCUGACGGAGACAGAGAUGGUGACUCUCUGCAACGAGUUCCUCAACGCCGGCACCGACACCACCGCGACCGCCUUGCAGUGGAUAAUGGCCAAUUUGGUCAAAUACCCAGACGUCCAAAACAAGGUUUUCGAGGAAAUGAAAUCCCUAAUCGGCGACACAGGGCGAGGAGAAAUUAGAGAAGAGGAUCUGAGUAAGCUGCCGUAUCUGAAGGCGGUGGUUCUAGAAGGACUCCGUCGCCACCCGCCGGGGCAUUUCGUGCUGCCGCACACGGUGACGGAGGAGGUGGAGCUGGGCGGGUAUUUGGUGCCGAAGAAAGCGAGGGUGAAUUUCAUGGUGGCGGAGAUGGGUCGGGACCCGGAAGUGUGGGAGGAUCCGAUGGCGUUUAACCCGGAGAGGUUUGUUGGGGAGAAGACGACGACGUUUGACAUAACGGGAAGCAAGGCGUUUGACAUAACGGGAACCAAAGGGAUCAAAAUGAUGUCGUUCAGGGCUAGGAGGCGGAUGUGUCCCGCGUUUGGGUUGGCGCUGCUGCAUUUGGAGUAUUUUGUGGCAAAUUUGGUUUGGGGCUUUGAGUGGAAAGGUGUGGGAGGUGAGGAGGUGGAUCUCUUGGAGAAGACGGAGUUUAGUGUUGUGAUAAAGAAUCCUUUGCGGGCCUACGUGAUCCCCAAAUUUGGGGUCCGCCCCAAUUAA